AUGCCUCCCAAAAAAGUCAAGGCGCCAAAAGAAGAGGCAGUUUCGCUCGGUCCCCAGGUUGCAGAGGGCGAGCUCGUUUUCGGUGUUGCGCAUAUCUUUGCCUCAUUCAACGAUACCUUCGUCCAUGUCACCGAUCUGUCGGGCAAGGAAACCAUCUCCCGUGUCACUGGUGGUAUGAAGGUCAAGGCUGACCGUGACGAGUCUUCGCCCUACGCUGCCAUGUUGGCUGCCCAAGAUGUCGCUACUCGUUGCAAGGAAGUCGGUAUCACCGCCCUCCACAUUAAAAUCCGUGCGACCGGUGGUACUGGAACCAAGACUCCCGGCCCCGGUGGUCAGAGCGCUCUUCGUGCUCUUGCUCGCGCUGGCAUGGCCAUCGGUCGCAUUGAGGACGUAACCCCCAUUCCCUCUGACUGCACCAGACGGAAGGGAGGUCGUCGUGGUCGUCGUCUCUGA